AUGGGUUUGUUGCUCAGUAAAGAGUUUAGGGCUAAAAGGAAAGUGGAUGAAGCUACUAGCAAUACCAGCUUGUCCAAUGUACGUUAUGUGGUAACAGAAAAGCCAAAAUGGAAAGUUUUCAAAAAGAAAGAAGUAGUGCCUAUCCCCCAAUACUUGCCACCUAAGGGAUGUGUAUGCGGCAAUGAAGGAAUCUGUAAAAAGAAGAUCACACCAGCGGGAGUUACUAUACAUUACCCACAAAAAAAGAAAAAAUUCACCGCCUUUGGUGGGAAGCGGCGAUACAAGCCACCAAAAAUAAAGAGGAGCAAGUUCAGCAAAUCUCGGUGGAAGUCCAUUCCCACGGUUUCACCAUUCCAAACAAGAGUUACAAGUCUUCACCGCGUCCGAUCGUCUUUGAGUGGUGAUAAACUCGUAAAUGCGUUGAAGACCAUAAAGACUUUGAAACCGACGAAGUCUGGCAUAAGUGUUAAACUAAACAAUGUCAUCUUGAAUAUUAGAUCUUUAAGCCGGUUUAGAAGACAUUAUAAACUAAAACGAGUGAGCAAUGAAUUUAUGUUUAUGCCUAUCAAUAUACAGGGUGACCAAUGA